AUGCGUGUUCCUCAACCGCCAGUGGUGGCCUAUGGCUGGACUCCCACAGCGCCAAAAGGCGGAUGGAAGGACGCAUCGAGCAGUACAACCUCUUUAUUAGGCGCAGAGGCAUCGACAGUGCGAUUUGUGCUGCUGUGCUGUCUCUGGUACGCCUCGAGCGCACUCUCUUCAAACACGGGCAAAUCCAUCAUGGUCAUCUUCAAGUUUCCCGUCACGCUGACCUUUGUGCAAUUUGGAUUUAUUGCAGGUUACUGCUUGCUCCUUGCAAGUCCUGUCCUCCGUCUUGCUAAACUUCGGAGACCAACCCCGGCGAUAAUACGCAGCACGCUCCCAAUGGCUGCUUUCCAAGUUGGAGGCCAUAUUUCGUCGAGUAUGGCAAUUUCGAGAAUACCUGUCAGCACCGUGCACACUAUCAAGGCCCUAUCUCCGCUCUUCACCGUCGCCGCGUACGCGAUGCUCUUUGGUGUCAAGUAUUCCACGUCGACAUAUGUCUCACUGCUGCCUUUAACCGUCGGGGUCAUGCUCGCAUGCACGUUUGACAUGUCCGCGUCCAAUUUCCUUGGAUUGCUCUGCGCAUUUGGCUCAGCCAUCAUAUUCGUCUCCUCCAACAUCUUCUUCAAGAAGAUUAUGCCCACAAACUCGUCUGGAUUGAAUCAACCUCACAGACUUGACAAGAUCAACCUCCUCUUCUACUCGUCGGGCAUGGCCUUCAUCCUCAUGAUUCCGAUAUGGCUUUACUACGACUUGUUCUCCCUCAUCAAUCGGUGGUCGUCCGGAUCCAUCGUUGCCGCCAAUCGUCACGUCGUUAACAGCGGACACUCGGUGACAUACUACUUUUUCGCCAACGGAACGGUUCAUUUCCUCCAAAACAUCAUUGCAUUCGCUAUUCUCGCUACCACAUCCCCAGUGACCUACUCAAUCGCGUCGCUCAUUAAGCGUAUCGCGGUUAUAUGUAUUGCCAUCGCCUGGUUCAGCCAGCCUGUGCACCCCGUUCAGGGUCUUGGAAUUCUACUCACAUUUGGCGGUCUCUGGCUCUACAACAGAGCCAAGGGAGAUGUCGAGCGAGGGGAGAAGCAGGCAAGGCGUGUGGAAGCAAUGCGAGACCUGGCAAUUCCAGUCUCAAAGGAGGAGAUUCCCGUUUCAAUCGAGAAGAUUGCAGAAGGACAACGCCCACAGGAACAGUUCCCGGUCCUACCUACUCACCCACGACAUCACGCAAAACCCUCUCUAUCUCACGCACCACACCUUGGACAAGGUCGGCAUACACGAACCUACUCACGAGAAUAUCCUCCGCCCCCCUUGAACACGACCAUUGCUGCCAACUCGUACGACAAGACCAAAUAUAUCUUUUCGCCGCCGCUCGACGGACAAGUAGCUGUCGACCCCUAUCCGUCUCCACCCAAAUCUCCUCCAGAAGAGGUUAUGAAGCAGAGCAGUGUUUUAGGACUAAACGGCAAGACGAUUUGGAAUCGCCGUGGCGUCUCGCAGCAGUACAUGGAGACGGUCGCUCCAAGGGGCAAUCCUCAGCUUGCUUGGAAGGAGCUUUUUUCACUCAAUUCUGGAACAGGAGGCGUAAAUGCACUUCUUUCGCCAUACGGCGAAAUAGAGAGCUCGGGGCUCAAGGUUGCUAUCAAGGAUAAUAUAUGUACCAAAGACUUUGCAACGACGUGUGCCUCGCCCAUGCUUCAACGAUUUUAUCCACCAUACGAUGCCACCGUGGUCAAACUACUGAAGAAAGCAAACGUUUCAAUUGUUGGUAAAACUAACUGCGAUGAAUUUGGCAUGGGUUCGGCCAACGUACAUUCUUCGCAUGGACCUGUACUCAAUCCGCAUCCUCUCCCCCUUGCGAUAACAGACAUUCCACGUUGGCGGGAACGAGAAAGGAGGUCUGCAGGCGGAAGUUCCGGGGGGAGCGCCGCAGCGGUGUCCAUGGGAUUAUGUGACUUUGCGCUGGGGACCGAUACUGGAGGGUCGAUUCGAUUGCCUGCGGCCUACUGUGGCAUACUCGGGAUGAAGCCUUCCUACGGAAUGAUCAGUCGAUGGGGAGUGGUUUCGUUUGCAGAUAGCCUGGACUGCGUUGGCAUUCUUGCACGCGACAGCGAGACGCUUAGCACGGCAUUCGAUGUUCUAUCUGUUCACGAUCCGGCCGACCCUACAUGUGUUACGGACGAGAUUCGAGUAGGGCUUCCGUCAAACGACUACAUGUCUCUGGACGGUAUCCGAAUAGGUAUUCCAAUGGAAUACUUCCCCACCGAACUCGACGUCUCCAUUACCGAAGAGUUUUCAAAGGGCCUCGAGCUGCUACGCAAGGCGGGAGCGAAGCUAGUUCCUAUAUCUUUGCCGUCUACAAGAUAUGCCCUCAGUGCCUACUAUGUCAUCUCGAGCGCCGAAGCCAGCAGCAACCUGGCACGUUAUGAUGGCGUCGAGUACGGGGAGCACGCCGAGCCCGAUAGUACAUUCAAUGGGACAGUUGGAGAUAUCUACGCGCUUACGAGGUCAAAGAAUUUCGGUGCAGAGGUCAAGCGACGGAUUCUACUCGGGACAUAUGCAUUGACUGCUGCUGCGUUUGACAACUAUUUCCUACAAGCUCAGCGCCUUCGACUGCGAAUACGAGCGGACUUUGACAGAGUCUUCGAAUCGCCGAAUCCACUGGCUCAAUCAGAGGGCGGUUCACCACAAGAUAAAGUUGAUUAUAUACUGCACCCUUCAGCUAUCCGGACUGCACCAAAGCUGGACGACCCGUCUUCAAGCAAUUCACUGGAAUCAUACAUGCAAGACAUCCUAACGGUACCCGCAUCGCUAGCAGGGCUACCAUCUGUCAGCAUUCCCUCGGGAAGCGCCAGUGACGGAUGGCCGAUUGGUAUUUCAUUAGUCGGCCAGUGGGGCAGCGACCGUUCUCUGCUGCGAGCAGUGAUGGAGAUUGAAAAGGCAUUUCACCAAGAGCGGUGA